UUAUUUAGCAAAUCAUAUGGUUUUCAGUUAUCAUUCAAUAUAGUGCUCAAGGUAAUUUCAUAUAUCAUGUGAACACAACCGUAUGGACACAUUCAGACACGUGUUGAUCACAGCGUUGUAAUCGCACACCACUCACCACCCGUUCAAUGCAACUGAUCCACUGGUGAUACUUAGUGGUCAACUGUACCGGUGAUCGACCAUUAAUCUCAUAAACCACUCGUGAAGCUCACAAGCGAUGCUCACCAUCAACACCAUUGCCAUCAAUAGGCAACUGAUCCGAAAGUUGAGUGACUCGAGGGCUGCGGUAAUCAACCACUUGCUCAGCGUAUACGAGGAUCGUGUGAGGGCUGGACUGCUCCGGGAGGACGAGCACCAGCACGUGGUGGUCGACCACUUGGAUCACCUGAACGUCAAACUCUUUGAUUAUCAACAAACCAUAAGACAUCGAAACUCAUUCUUAAACAAAUUGUUUAAGAAGUCCAACUCUGGAGGUCGUGUCCGUGGGCUGUAUCUGCACGGGUCGGUCGGAUGCGGCAAAACUAUGCUAAUGGACCUCUUCUACGACAACUGCUGUGUAGAUCCCGGUGCCAGACGUCGCGUCCACUUCCACUCGUUUAUGAUUGACUUCCACACCAGACUGCAUCGUCUCAAGAAAGAGCACAAGUCGUCGGACCGGGCCUUCAAUCCGAUCGCAUCGGUGGCCCAAUCGAUACGCGACGAGUCGUGGCUCUUAUGUCUGGACGAGUUUCAGGUGACAGACAUCGGCGACGCCAUGAUUCUGAAGCUACUGUUCGAGCAGUUGUUCGCCACCGGAAUCGUUAUGAUCGCCACAUCGAACCGACCGCCCGAUGAUCUGUAUCGCAAUGGUCUCCAGAGAAGCAAUUUUCUGCCAUUUAUUCCGAUUCUCAAAGAGAACUGUUAUGUCUUACCCCUGGACUCCGGUAUCGAUUACCGGCAGCGGUCACUGCCAUCCGACAAACAGGUCUACUAUCUUUUCGAAGACGACGCCGACAAACAUUUGGAUCGUCUCUUCAAACUGAUAGCCAGUCGCGAGAACGACACCAUCCGUCCCAAGACGUUGACAAUCAAAGAGCGAAACGUGACGUUUGCGAACACAUGCGGACGUGUCUGCGACUCCACGUUCCAAGAACUCUGCGAUCGGCCGUUGGGUGCCAUCGAUUACCUAACGAUGUCGCUGGUGUUCCAUACGGUGAUCAUCAGGAAUAUCCCGCAAAUGUCUUUAUCUAAGAAAACUCAGUGCCGGCGCUUCAUAACACUGAUCGACACCUUUUAUGACAAUAAGGUUCGUGUGUUGUUCUCAGCUCAGGUGCCGCCCAAUCAACUGUUCCUAACCUCGGAGGUGGCCGACCAUCACAUGGACGACGAUAACCGCAAACUAAUGGAUGACUUGGACAUCAAAUUCGGAACGGAGCACUCGAAGGCCAACCUCUUCAGCGGUGAGGAGGAAGUGUUCGCAUUCGAGCGAACCAUAUCUCGAAUGACCGAAAUGCAGACCAAAGAGUACUGGAACUCGAAUCCGUCGGCAGCAUUGAGUGGAUCGACCAAUGAGUGGUCAGGCAGUGGUCUAGGAGGGGGCGGUGCCGAACCUGGCGUGACCUUUGAAUUUACGGACUCUACCCCUGGAGCUCACGGAGUAUGCGGCGCCUGUCGGUUGUCGUACUCGAAGUCUUCGUCGUCAAAACCGGGGGCCUCUGUAUAUCGGACUCUGUUUUUACCGCUAUUUCUGGCCCUCGUCUUGAUUGGCGCCUCCGGAUCUCCGAACCUACCGGUGCUCUGUCUGAGCCCCCGGUGCCGUAAACCCAAACUAACUCGCCGUAAGUCUUCAUCAGAUUCAUAA